UGUCAUGUAACAGGUGAAUAAUGUUGGACUGGAUCGAUAUUUAUUCAAGGCAACUAACGCGAGGCUCAUGUUUAUGCGAUGCAAACCUAAUAUUGAUAACAGACUUGUAUCAAGACACGUUGCCAUGUCUUUCAGCAAACUCAAAUUAAAGUUGUUAGCGCCCUGUGUUGCUGUUCACAGCACCGAAUAGACUCGCCUUUUUCAAUUUGAUGACGAAGUACAGUUUCGUCUUUGUAAAGAAGUGCUGGAUAAGGAAGAAACACGCAGCUAUGUCAAGAAGUCGGUCAUAAGUACACAGCGUGUCCAGAGUGCAACAAGUGAAGCUCAGCAUCACCUCAGUCAGUUUAUCACGGGGAGAACAAUACAACUUCACGUUUUAAUUUGACCAGUACUGGCACAAUGGCUUCAUUCGGACUAUGUCUUGUUAUUAUUUUAAUCUGCAACCUGUACCUACAGCUCGCUGCUUUGGGGUUUAUGUGCCCUGAGAUUUGUAACUGUACUGAAAGGACCAUCAACUGCUCCAGGGAAACUCAGCUUGCAUCAAAAAGUGAAAACGCUCAUAUUAAUUUGAGAUUAACUCAUCUCCCAUUCAAAGUGAUCCCGAGCUUUACUUUUAGAGGACUAGUCAACGUGUCAAGAAUUGAAAUUACCCAGAGCAACUCAGUUGAGAGAAUAAAAACACAAGCUUUUGUGUUCCUUCCCAGCCUUACUGAAAUCUUAAUUCAGAAUACAAAACAUCUCGUGACGAUUGAACAGGAGGCGUUUGCAAAUCUUCCAAAGUUAAAAUACCUGAGUAUUUGUAACACUGGAAUAACUAUAUUCCCUGAUUUAACAAAGAUCUACUCUAUGGAGUCCUAUUUUUUCCUGGAAAUUUGUGACAACAUGCAUAUAACAACCGUACCACCCAAUGCGUUUCUGGGGCUGGCUGAGGAGUGUUCACUAAUGAAUCUAUUUAAAAAUGGAUUCAAAGACAUACAGAGCUAUGCGUUCAACGGGACAAAACUGAAUAAACUGGUUCUUAAGGAUAAUAAAUAUCUAGACCAAAUACACAACGAUGCCUUCAGGGGAGCAACAGGACCUGAUAUACUAGACGUUUCUGCAACACCUCUCCAAGUUCUGCCCACCCAUGGACUGGAGUUGGUGAAAGUGCUUAUUGCUCGUGGCACUUACUCCCUGAUGACACUGCCACCUCUGGACAAGUUUGUUUAUCUACAGGAGGCUAAUUUAACAUAUCCCAGUCACUGCUGUGCCUUCAAAAACUGGGACAGAAAAAAAAAGCAGAGUUCUUCUAUUGCAUCACUUGGUAACCUUUCCAAUAAUUGUAAAGACUAUACAGCUCAUGACGUAUAUCCAGCUGAUAGUUACUAUUCGGAAAACAUGGAUUAUCUGUAUCCAGAACUGGAAAUCUGCAAGACGGAAAUUCACUUCAGAUGUACGCCAGAGCCAGACGCUUUCAAUCCCUGCGAGGACAUCCUGGGCUACGACUUCCUUCGAAUCCUUAUCUGGAUUAUAAAUGUAUUCGCCAUUGUUGGAAACUUUGCUGUACUGCUUGUUCUGCUCACCAGUCGCUACAAACUCACCGUCCCAAGGUUCCUCAUGUGCAACCUUGCCUUUGCUGAUUUCUGCAUGGGUGUUUACUUGCUUCUCAUUGCUUCUAUUGAUUGUAGAUCAAAGGGCCAGUAUUAUAACCAUGCAAUAGAGUGGCAGACCGGCGCUGGCUGUGGUGCAGCUGGGUUUUUAACGGUGUUUGCCAGUGAACUCUCAGUGUAUACCUUGACCAUGAUCACACUGGAGCGCUGGUACACCAUUACCUACGCCAUGCAGCUGGACAGAAAGCUGCGUUUCAGACAUGCUGCUAUCAUUAUGAUUGGGGGAUGGCUGUUUUCACUUGUCAUGGCUUUCAUGCCCAUUUGGGGAGUGAGCAGCUACAAGAAAGUUAGCAUGUGCCUUCCCAUGGAUAUCGAAAAUGCACCAGCCCAGGGGUAUGUUAUAUUCAUUCUGAUGCUCAAUGUCAUCGCCUUUAUUAUAAUCUGUACCUGCUAUAUUAAAAUCUACCUAACUGUACGCAACCCGGAAUUCGCAGCCAAAAACAGCGACACUAAAAUUGCCAAAAGAAUGGCAGUGCUCAUCUUCACUGACUUUCUGUGUAUGGCACCCAUAACUUUCUUUGCUAUUUCUGCAGCGUUCAAGGUGCCACUCAUCACCGUGACCAACUCCAAGAUUCUUCUGGUUUUGUUUUACCCCAUCAACUCUUGUUCAAAUCCAUUCUUAUAUGCAAUCUUCACAAAGGCAUUUCGAAGAGAUUUUUUUGUGUUAAUGAGCAGGUUCGGCUGGUGCAAGGCACAGGCAGACUUCUACAGAAUGCAUAGCUUCUCAACUCAGAAAUCCAAUAUAAGGAACACUUGCUCCUUGAGCAGUGCCAAUAGAACCUCUCAAGCAAUGCUAAACUUGACUACUUUCAAGUGUCAGUGUCCUACAGGAAAAGGAAAAGAAGAACCCUGCUACAGACGUCCUUAAUCGGAGUUGAUACAGCGUGUGUACUCUGGGAGUGCAUCUUGAGCGCUAAUGUCAGGGAUUUUCAUACAGAUCAAAAUUCAGUACAGUAUUAAACUAUAUUUUCAUGAAACCAGUUAAUAUAAUGACAAUGUGCUGUAUAUUUAAAUAAAACUUUAAUGUUAAGGUGUAAUGGUUAUGCUAAAGAAGGAUUCAAGCUUACUACAGUACACCAGUCAUGUUCCAUAAUGUUUCAAAAAACUGUUUUAUAUUGCUCGAAAUGUUUAUUUUAUUUAUUUGUGUUCAAACUUGUAAGGAUGGUUUUAAAGUGGGUUAAGCAGGCAACUUUGUCCUUGAUGUAGAAUGCUUAUUUUGGGGGGGUUGUACAGUAUGUUAGUUUUGGUAUUUGACUGUACAACGUUCAUACAUUGUUGGAUCUGUGCUCAGUUAUAAACCGAGUCAAAGAU